AUGCUCAAAUCGAUUGCAUUCUGUGGAUCUUCUAACAUAGCUGCGCUAUUCGAGAACAACGUCAAAUUGGCGUCUACAACAACAGGAACUCACUUUGCCACAUUUGAGAUGAAUCAGUACUCGACAGAUGUCCACGGUUGUGAUGAUUUCUUAUUUGUAGCCAACCGUAAGCAAAGAAUGGGUCUUUUGGACUUGCGAACCUCCAAAAUGCUCCCGGUGAACCAGAUUAAUGUGGAUCAACACGAGAGUAUGACGUCGAGCUGCUACAAUGCGAACAACGAUAUUCUCUACGCAUCUAUCUGGAAUCCAACAACGAGACAAUCUCGAGUGGAAAUAGUCGACAGAAGAAACCCGCAAAUAACUACAAAUUUGCUUACAAUCAAAAGAUCCCCAAAAGAUCAAAAUGAUCCAAAAAAUGGUGGAAAUCGGUGGGGAUUCGGUUCUGCUGGAGGAUCGCAACGGACAAUGUUUGCUAUACGAGAUAAGAAGAAUGGACAAGCCUCGGUGGACCAUCGUCUCAAAGGAACCGAGCACAUCGAUCAAUGUAUCAUCGCAAUAUGUCUGUUUGGAGAGGCAAAAGAAUACGGUCCGUGUCGUGAAAAUUUGUUUUGGCAAUGA